AUGUCGACUUCGGGAUCAAAUCGCACCAGGAAAUCGUGCUCAACAUGCCACGACCUCGACAGAAGCAAGAUCCAGUAUUGGAAAGGUGGGCCUUCUCGGCACCGAAUGUUCAAACGUUACUUCCAGCACUCGGACUAUCACUCCUUGAACGUGCCUAUUAGGGAUCUGAAAUGGUCCGCCAGCCGCUCGUGCCCGUUUUGUGUCGUUGCUUUUGAUGUGUUCAGAUGGGUGUCCAGGACCAAGGGCAAUGGAUCCAAGGCGGCCCACAACGCUACGAUUGAAAUAUGCAUUCCGUUCAAACCCGGGCCACCAGUGGUCUUGACGUACUCAUGGGCUUACCCUGUACCAAGAGUCUACGACUUCCAGCUUAGCCUCCCGGAAUUGGCACAAUGUUCUCCAUGGUCGACAUUGACGGUGGGAACCCAAAUCCCGAAAGAUCCUCGGCAGAGCUUCUUUCGUGCCGCGGUCUGGCUGCAACGCUGCCUGUCUGAACACCGGACCAUUGAUUGUGUACCGGCUGAGCCGACCGAGAAACCAUUGAUGCCCACUCGAUUGCUCUUCGUAGGCAGUGGUCUGCAUCAGGUCCGGCUAGUGGAAUGCGGAAGCAACCAAAUGAACUACUUUGCGCUGAGCUAUUGUUGGGGUGGCACGCCUCACAUCUCAACUACCAAAGCGAAUUGUGAGCGAAUGCUUCAUAACAUAUCAUGGAAGUCUCUACCCAAGACCUGCCGCGACGCCAUCGAGCUGACCCGCGCGAUGGGAUAUCGUUGGCUCUGGAUUGACAGUCUUUGCAUCCUUCAGGACGAUCGCGAUGAGUUCCACGAAGAGACAAGCCGGAUGGGAGAUAUCUAUCGAAAUGCUGUGCUCACCAUCGCGGCUGCAAAUGCAAGCCAUGUGGGUUUCGGUAUUUUUCAUGAGCGACCAGAGACGCGAACGUUCAGGAAUCGCCUGCGAUACGGUGACAACAGCCCGAGUCAUGUCAUUGUACGAGAGCCGAGCGUGCACAGCAACUUGUUUGCUAGUCCCAGGUCCGAAGAAGAAUGGCCGCUCCUCAAAAGGGCCUGGUGCCUUCAGGAGCGCCUCAUGUCGACCCGUGUUCUCCAUUUCACCGCUGGGGAGUUGGCCUGGGAAUGUUGCACUUUGGCGGCGUGUGAAUGCGGUCAUAUGGAUUCACUCGCGACUCCGAAGCUCCGUUACGAUAGGGCGAGGCUUAGCAAGAUGACACCAGAUGAACGAGCGCAGGCCUGGGACGAUUUGGCGUUGCAGUCGUACCAAAAUCGUUCCCUGACGAAAGAAAGUGACCGCUUUCCUGCGCUUUCCAGUAUGGCGCAUUUGUUCCAGGACGAAGCUCUUGGCACUUAUGUCGCAGGUAUUUGGUCCAAUUAUGCCCUGAGCAUGCUGUUAUGGGAAGUGAAGGCCGGGAAGAAAGCGGAUCGCUACGUCGCUCCCAGCUGGUCCUGGGCAUCCGUGCAGGGUCGGCUAAUACGAAACGACAGGAUCGUCCACAACAGAGACUUCGAGGCUUCCGUCGAUCAUAUGAAAAACACACUAUCCAGUAAAGAUCCAUACGGUGCCAUCAAAGCCGCCUCCCUCGAAAUUUCUACCCCUGCAUGCGAUGGUGUGCUCUCAACCAGUGGGCAUCACGGAGACGCCAUGAUUUUGUUCAACGAGAAUGUACGUGCCUUCUUCGUUAGCGAUACCAAAUUAGCGAGUGGUGUUUUCGGGUCGCAGGUCAAAUGUGCCUUUCUGCGUGGGUUGAAGAUGGGCUCUGACGGAAAGUACAUCGAGGCACUUGUCCUGAGCUUUGCAAGUGACCUGAAGUCUUACCAGCGGAUCGGAAUCGCGCAUCUCACAAAGCAUUCGCUGUCACACCUCGGAUCCAUUCAUCUGGACAGGGAGACAUUGAAUAUCCUCUGA